AUGUUCGAAAUACGGAAGAUCAGUCAUCUUGUUUGCUGUGGCUACCUAUUCGCUGGUGAAAUUUCUCUCCUGGUUGAUGAUGAUGGAGCUGAACAGGCCAAGGAAAAGGAACUGAACGAGAGAAUUGCCGCCUUGCGAGACGCCAACCAGUGCCAGAGAGAGCAGCGGGUGGACUUGGAUAGGACAAUUCUUCAGGUGCAACAGAGGCUCGACUACUAUGAAGAGAUGCAGAAUGCGGGCGAAAGGUUGGCAGAGGCAAACUGCCUGCUUGAGAGACUCGAGAAACUCCUACGACAGAAGGAGAAACACCUGCACCUUAAGUUGGCAGAAGCAGCGCGGAUGGCAAGGCUCAUCCAGGAACAAAAAGACGCGACCGAAAAGCGGGAAUCCGAGAGGAAAGAUCUCGAGUUGAGGUUCCAGUGCCUGCAGAGGGAAGUAGAAGACCUCUCGAAGGAAAAUUGUGGAUUCCAGUGUGAAGUUUCGCUCGUCGCCUGGAGUUGCUGGAGAGGAGGGCCUGUGUCCAGGACGAACGGAACGACCAGCUGGAAGAUGAGGUUCGACAACUGCGAGGAGCGAAGGAGAAAUUGGUGUGCGACCUGA